AUUACUUCAAGCGAUCAUGCGUUCCUGAGUUCGAUACAGAUACAUGAUACGAUAUUGUAUCAGUUUGACGUUGAUUCAUUCGUGUUCAUUUUAAAUUAAAGAUACUAUCGUUCGUGUUGCUGUGCAAUUAGUUAAAUCCUUGACGGAACGGAUCUCGGUUAAUAAAGGGUGCAGUUGAUUAUAAAUAUCCAGAAAUUCGUGACCGUCGUCACCAAAGCUGUUGGAAGAAAUCAGGCCAGAAAUAAUUAUCUCGUGUCAGGUGCCGCUUCUUAAUCAUAUUCUUCGAAACACUAUAAUUUUUCUGACUUUUCAAUCUAUGCUUAACAUUCAAUCAGACAAAAUAUAAGAUCAACUGUACCCUAACUAGACCUACGUAAGAAAGAAAAAGACAUUCCUUUGAUGAUCGUACAAGAUUUAUCGCAAGAUAUUACCUAAACGAUAUUACCUAUAGAUUAUUCCACGUUUUUGACGGUAAAGAAGUAUUAUGCAGAAUUAAAGGUAUCAAGUUUUCCUUGGGGGAAGAUUUUGCUUGUACUAUUGACAUUUCGUCGUGAUGGAGAAGUUCAUAGGAAUCCAUCAGCUAAAGGGAAUACUGAAAAGUUUUCCAAGGAACAUGAAGUUUUGCUUUGCAUAUGGAUCCGGUGCAUUUAAGCAAAUAGACAACGAGUCUAACAAUAUGUUAGACCUUAUUUUCGUUGUUCGUAACGCGAAUCAAUGGCACGCAGAGAAUUUAGAACUCAAUCCUAAGCAUUACGCUCAGCCAUUGAAGCUUCUUGGACAUAGAACUAUCGCUAAUGUACAAGAGAACUGGGGUGCCAAAAUAUAUUAUAAUACAUUGGUUAAAAUGUCAGAGGGAUGUACCAUAAAAUAUGGAGUAAUCUCUGAGGUUUCGCUGGUAGAAGACUUACUAGACUGGAAUGACUUGUAUUUGGCUGGAAGGUUGCACAAACCUGUGAAAGUAUUGGUGGAACCGAGCGAACACUCUCAAUUACCUACAGCUUUGGUACAAAAUUUACAUUCUGCCGUACACGCUGCGCUAUUAUUGCUUCCGCAACACUUCACGGAAGUCGAUUUUUACAAAACUAUAGCCGGUCUGUCGUAUAUCGGCGAUUUUCGAAUGACUUUCGGUGAAAAUAAAGAUAAAGUUAACAAUAUCGUUUUGCCCCAACUGGAACAAUUCAAACAAUUGUACGCUCCAAUUUUGCAACAUUUCGAGAAUUGUACGGAUAUGCCAAAGUCGGAUCAAACGGGUACCACCUGCCAUCAAGAUACAAGCCCGGAGACGAAAAUACAUCAUUUGAAUCAGUUACCUAGAACACCGCAGGUCAAACUUGUCAGAGCAUGGUCGCAGGGUCCAAGAUCGAAGGAUACCGAGGACUGUCUGCGUGCGAUCGCGUACGAUCCCGAAUGCGGCAAAAUACUGGAAGACUCUUUGGAACAAAUCGUAUGGAGAUCAAGCGUCACGCAAAGUCUGAAGGGAAUCGUUACUGCUGGGCUUGUGAAAUCUGUUAUGUAUGGCGGAAGAAAGAUAAUGAAGAUGUUACAAACAAGUCAGCCGACAAAGGCGUUACCUGAGCCACGUCGAAGCAAAGUCGAAAGAAUAGUAGAGACUAUGAAGAACCAGACACAGCCGAAAGGAACAGAGAAACGCAUAGAGUAGUAAUUACGCAUCCCUUUUAGUCAUACUUUAAUUCUGUCAUAUGUACAAUGUUUCAUACAGCUGUGUUUUAAUAAACUUAUUUAGUCAAAUUGUGA